AUGGAUCUCGAGGAUCAAGCAGUGACAGUGGAUGUAAAGAACGCCGUUAUGGACUCCGAAUAUAGGAUAAUACUUAAUGUUGGCGGUGUUAGGCACGAGACAUACAAACCUUUGAAAAAGAUACCGGCCACGAGGCUAUCACGAUUGACGACCAAUCUUGCCAACUACGACCCGGUUCUAAACGAGUACUUUUUCGAUCGACAUCCUGGUGUUUUCUCACAGAUUUUAAAUUAUUAUCGAACCGGAAAACUACAUUAUCCUUUAGACGUCUGCGGGCCGCUGUUUGAAGAGGAGCUUAAG